UUCCUAAUUUUUUUACUGUCAUUUAUUUUUAAUAUUCUUCAAUUUACAAUUAAAACAAUAUGGUAAUUAUUACUAACAUAAAACUGUACCACAUCUAGGAAAAAGCCCUCCCUACCCGUCUUCCACAUGUCUCACAUAUAAGCAUAAAGAAACCGAGUCCGUAAAGUAAAAUUAAUAUUUCUAUAUCCAUGUAAACUUGUUCUGCCGUCGGUACAGUCACCGCGUCAACCGGCACUCCGUAUAAAAGCGUCGUGUCGACUACGGACACAUCACAACUACUCCAAGUACCAUCCGGUAAACAACUUUGUAUGCGACUGUACAUGUAUCAGUGAUUACUAAAGUGAUUAGUUUUCAUUUUAUUUUACAUUUUGUUAUGCUGUGAUCUGUUUGAUAAGAACCAUGAUGCAUCAUUGGAUACUGAUCACCUUCUCGUGGUUCGGCACCGUGAGUCUCCAGUACAUCAACAACGGCGGCCCGGGCGCGGACAUCCUGCUCGACACGAUAGACUCCAACCUGCAGUACCCCCUGCCGUACGUCAACUACUUCAAUCUACCUCCAACGAGAAAUGACUACGAAACCAUGCAGAACUCUCCCCAUAACGAACAAACCGCUCUUGAUGACUCUCAAGCUGACCUCCUAAGGAAGAGACGAAAGGCAGAAGAGAAUGAAGAGAUUCGGGAAAGGCGCUGGCUUCCAAACUCGGUAGAUGCUGACAAAAACCUGUACCUGCAAAAUGAUGACAUGAUUGGAAGUCCUUUCGUGAUGGGCUUCGCUGGGACAGUAGACGAAAACGCAACCAGUCUACUCGAACCUAUGGAGAAGAAGUACUUCAGUCCGUGGGGAGGAAAGAGAGACAAAGCUAGCAUCGAACACAUGUGGACGUGGAAACGAGCUAGUAACAUACGGGAGCCGAGCAUGCCGAAACGAGUCCGCUUUAGUCCCUGGGGAGGCAAGCGCAGCGGCCAGAUGAUCUACAAGCCAGGUUCGAAAAGUUCCAAAAUAAUUUUCUCGACUACGAUACCAGAAUUGACAAGAAUCGUAUCGAAUUACUCACCGAACGGUGAACGAUUUAACUUCGCAGGUUUCCAAUUCAUCCCGACCUUGGAUAAAAGGCACCCGAUCAAGAUCUUGGCUUUGAGUACUAAGGCUAAUGAAAGGACGUUACGGGACGCAUUACCCUUCAAGAGUUUUCUGGAGUCAUUACCGAAAAUCUUCAAGCCUGGGCAUCCGUACCUGGACGUGAACUUUAAGAAGGAUGGCAAGAGGAAGGUGAAGUUUAGUGCGUGGGGAGGCAAGCGGUCGCCGCCCAUCAUCGGGCCUAUCUGGACGCCGGCGCCCCAGAACUUGAAGGAAUCCACACUAGACACCAUCCUCCUCAUAAGAAACAGUCAAGACAGGGAUGACGCGACGUUAAAGGCUUUGUAAUCUGGACGACAUGACCACUUCCUCCCGAACUUUGUCUUUGUUGAUUACGGUCUACUUUAGAUGUAAGUUCCAUUAUAUGUUAGUGCCAUAUUUGUAACUGAUGUUAGAAAAUAUAAAAAAAAUCUUGAAGUUCGGGAGUUCCGUGUCUUUGACGACAGGCUGGGGUCGUCGAUGACACUGUACUGAUGUAAUUGAAAUAAGAACUUUGUUAUUCCUAUUAAAAUUUAAUGUGCAUCUUGUUAGUGAAUAUAAAAAAGUAUUACAAUAUUAA